ACUCAGGUGAAUAUAAAGUCCAGACAGAACAGCUCACAGACAUCAGACCUCAGCACAGGAGCAUCCUGAACAUCUCUACACACUGAGGCAACAUGGACACAAGAGCCUCCCUCUCCAUUCUGCUGCUGCUGUUUGGCGUCUCCCAGGCAUCUCCUCUCAUGGUAAGAUCCUGUCUAGUCUCUCCCUUACAACAGUUCUCAAAUGAGGAGCAGAGGUUUGAAGGAGUGUUUGUAUCAGAGCCUGAAACUAUGGACAUCACUACAAGGAUUUUAGACACCAACAAUGGAUCUUCUGAAGUCUUGAUUGAAGGAGAUCUGGUGUUUCCCAAAACCAGAAAUGCUCUCUUCUGCUUUAACAACAACUGUUUCUGGAAGAAAAACUCUAACAACAUAGUGGAGGUCCCUUACAUAGUGAGCGCUGAAUUCUCCUAUUAUGACAGAUCAGUGAUUGCAAACGCCAUGUCCACCUUUCAUGCCAAAACCUGCAUCCGCUUUGUGGCCAGAUCAUCUCAGACUGACUACAUCAGUAUUGAGAACAAAGAUGGGUGCUACUCUUCUCUAGGUAGAACUGGUGGCAAACAGGUGGUCUCCCUCAACAGGUACGGCUGUGUGUACAAUGGCAUCGUUCAACAUGAGCUGAACCAUGCCCUGGGCUUCUACCACGAGCAAACCAGGAGCGAUCGUGACCAGUACGUCAAAAUCAACUGGGAGAACAUCUCUCCUGAUAUGGCCUACAACUUCCAGAAACAGAACACCAACAACCAAAACACUCCAUACGAUUACGGCUCCAUCAUGCACUAUGGAAAAACGGCCUUCUCCACCCAGCCCGGGCUGGAAACCAUCACUCCCAUUCCUGAUGCGUCGGUGGAAAUCGGACAGAGGCAGGGACUGUCCAACAUCGACAUCCUGAGGAUCAACAAGCUGUAUGGAUGCUGA